AUCACAUAAAGUAACUUUAUCAAACCCCAUAUAUUAUAAAUCAUCUUAUAUAUCUCUUCUCUUACAUUUCUCUUCAUUAUCUUCAUUCAACUUUCAAACACUUUACCAAAAACUUAAUUAUUAAUGGCUUUGUUUAGAGCUUUGAGCACAAGAAGAAGCAAUCGAGGUGGUGGGUAUGAUAGGCUGUUAGACGAAAGUACUACUGUUGAUAAUAUCCAUGAUCAAGAUCAUGUGAUGUUGAAGAGAGUUACAAGUGUUCCUGCUAGUAUGUUAUUCGGAUCCUCUUGGAAAAAACCCGGAUUCGAAACAAGUGUUCCUGGAGCAAAGAAUAAUAAUUCUAAGCCAAAACACCAACAACAACAACAACAACAACAACAACAACAAGUAAAAGGUAAAAAAGGUGGAAAGAGUGUACACCCAUUAUUUAGUUUGUUUGAAGGAAAAUGGAAGAAGAAGAAGAUGACAGCUAACCCAGAUUUUUCGAGGUAUGUGGAGUAUUUGAAAGAAGGAGGGAUGUGGAACAAGGAUACUAAUUCACCUGCUAUUUACUACAAAUGAUACAUGGAUUGAUUUCAAGCUUUUUUUUUUUUUUUUUUUCUUUGGGGGGGAGUUUGUACAUGUGUUUAGUUAUGAGUUGAUGGGGAAAAUGGAAAGUUAUUAUAAUUAUUAUUGCUUUUAGUGGUUGAAAAUGAAGAGCAACCAUGCACCUUUUAUGGAUUUUCUCUAGAUUUGGCAGGAGAAACUGAUUACCCACUGGGUAAUCUAUCCACUAUAGAUAGACAUUAAUAAUAAGUGGAGUUUAACUCGGCAAAAUUAUUUAUUUUUUUAAUUGUUUAUUUCUAAUGGGUAAUCUACGUAGUGGGUAGAUGUAGCAAUCUCUAGAUUUACCUAUUGGCUUUUAUUUGUUAUUUACAAUCCACAUUUUGUGGUGGAUUAAGGUGAAAUAAAUGAUGAGGAAAUUUUAUUUUAAUAUGUAUAUAAUAAAUAUGUAUAGCUAUAUAAAUAUUGAAAAUUAUUCACUUUGCUA